AUGGAUAAAGCGUCGACCAGGACGAUGCGGAAUGCGGAGAGCACCAAACCACCCGCAAAGACCCCUGCUUCGGCUGCGCCCCCACCUGAGUCUCCCGCUCGACCUAGGCAGAAGGCCCGCGAGGCCGCUGCGAAGAGCUCCCCAGAAAAGCUUGAAUAUCUACUGAGCAAUACCAAAAGCAAACUCACAAGAGUUGAAAUGACGGAGGUAAUCAACUACCCAAUUUUCCUAGAUCUGCCCGAAGAAGUUCAGAACCGGUUAUGCGCUCUGCUGCCCUCAACCGCAUUCUCUACCUUUUCGCCGUCCGUGUGUCCAACUCAUCCCGAUUAUGACGCCACCGGCGACGGGGACCAAAUGCAGGUGGACUAUGCUCCUGAUGAUCGCACUUCGGCAACACUGGACCCGACCGUGUUCACAUCGCCGUACUUCCUCUCCGCCGCCCACACGUUUCAGGAUCACCUGUUCUCGUCUUGGAUGGGGAAGAAGGCCGCCGACGACCUCACAAAGUUCGAGGAAGGCGCGCGGUCAGGCGCGAUGCAUAUCGACUGGAAAGACGAAGUGUGGGAGCGCGAGCAUCAGCGACCGUUUGUAAAUGCGAAAGGGAAACAGCCGCCAAGGGCGGACAUGGCGACGCUUGCGAAGGGCGGGCUGUUGCAGGCGGGUGAUAUACUCGCAUACAAACGGUGCUUCCCAGCGCUUAACGUCACUAUGGAGAAAGACGUACUGAUUGAUAGCGUGGAUCCGCAGACCAAUUUCCCGACCUUUCUACUCGCCCCGGGGGCGCAGAAAGAACUCCCUCGCGACCUCCUGGUCUGUGACGCAAGCCAAUGCGCCGAGAAGACGCUGACGAUAGAAGACGUUGCAGACCCGGUCGCACUCGAGCGCGGAAUCCUCGAUGUCGACGGCCGGGUUCGCUCCGGCGAAAAAUACGCACAGGACGCAGCAGCCUGUAUCGGACCACCCACCUCUACGACCGGGGCGGUGAGCGACGAGUUGAAGGCCGUUAUCGCGGUGCGCGCGUGGAAGACGUUCACGGUGUGGCGGUGGCGCGAAGAGGUGCGGGGGCAGACGGAGCUGCACAGGGUGCAGGAGCGAGGCGGGAGAGAACACGUCGCGACCUUGUUUUACUUGAGGGGCUGUCACAUAAGCGGUUUGUAGUAGGCUCGACAUGCAUCACUAUACACACUUGCACUGAUAC